AUGGCGCGCGGUGCUGUGACAGGUGCGCGGCGAGCUAUGACGGCGGACUGCGACAAUGCUGGAACCCUCACCCGGCGGUGCUGCAACCAGAGGGAGAGAGACACGCCCGGCCCGGUGGAGCUGUAUACGGUGAGUGCCCCCGGCGAGCUGCGACGGCGAGCGGCCCUAGUGAGCUGUGACGCGGCGGCCAAGGGCGAGCACGAGCAGGAACGAAAGAUUUCAUCAAUUCUCCGUCUCGAUCCCGCCGUCACAAUGGACCUCGCGCCUCGGUGGCCAGACCUCGCGCCGGACGUGCUCCGUGACGUCGCCAGCCGCCUGCAGGACGCCGCCGACUUCGUCCGCCUCCAUGCUGUCUGCAGGUCGUGGCGCGACUCACGCGACGUGCCGCCGCCGUUCCGGACUACUACGACGACCCAUCAGUUCCUCCCGUGGCUCCUCACUGCGGCCGACAAAGACCACCAGACCCCUCUCAAGCUUAGGUGCAUCUUCUCCAAGUCCACCUACCGCAUCACGUCACCGCCUCCCUGCGCUGCUAGAGGAAACUGGGUGUGCCGCGCCGACGCCACCGCCGUCCAGUACCUCACCGUCGACCGCUUCCUGAACCCUAGCCUCCACGAUCCUGUCACCGGACAAGUCACCCGCCUGCCUCGUUUCCAGUGGGACGAGGGUGACCCCCACGGCAUCCUCCAUGGCGAUGGCACCAUCCUUUUAUACAGCAUCUCCCACACCGAUAAAGGCCGCAAGGCCAGCUUUAGGGCGUCGCUCCUGCGUCCCGGCGAUGCAAAGUGGACGCUCGUCAAGAGGACGCUUGAGACCCCCAGCAGGAAGGUUGAGUCCUGCGCCGCGUACCACCGAGGCAAGAUCGUUGUCACUGUCGAGGAUACGGUGUGGCGCGUCAUCACGCCAGACGGCGACAAGGCCAGUGACGUGCUGGUCCCGAAGCCCUCUCCGCCGUGGGAGUGGCAGCAGGGACAAGGGUUCUUCUACACGCACCAAUACAGCCACGUGUUGGAAUCCCGCGGCGAGCUGCUGUGGGUAUCGGUCGCCGGCAAUGGUGUCACUUCUCAGUGCGGGGCUCCUUGUCUCUAUGUGUUCGUGUACACGCUGGAGGAGGAGGAAUCAACGCCGGAGAAGAUGCGGUGGGUGAGAAAAGACGGUCAUAGCCUUGCUGACCGUGUGCUGUUCCUAGGGUCACCCAAUAGCUUCGCCGUAGACGCCUCAUGGCUAGGCGGCCAUGGCGGGUGUGCAUACUUCGUCUACCACAACAAUAAGAAUGACUUCCCGCAGGAGAAGCUUGGUGCAUUUGAGUACAACUUCAUUGAAGGGAAGGCCGAGUUUGUCGAGCGGUUGCCGCCAGGAUGGGAUGGCAAGAAGUGUACAUGGCUUGUCCCCCAGCCAGACAUUGCGCCACUUCAGGAGAUCAAUAAGAGGUCACUGAUGGCUCAAGAAGUAAAGCAGCAGCAAGCCGCUAUCAUGGUGAGACAUUACGAACCUAGUUUCACGGUGUUGGUGCGCAACUUGCCUCUUGGGGUGAACAGCUCUCAGCUGCGACUCUUCUUCAGUAACCACGGCAAAGUGUCCCAUGCCAAGUUGAUCUACUACAACAAGACAAAGACCAUAGAGGUUGCUGGCCUCUUAACUAUAACGAUGGUGCAUGCCCACCAAAAAGAAGCUCUAGACGCUCUCAGCGGACUGUCUUUGGAUGGAUGCAGCCUCGAGGUUAGCUUGGUCAAGGAGGAGCAACGACGGCGGCGACAUGGCCGCCCACUUUGUUGA